GAUGGUGGUUAAAACACGCCCACUGCAGUUAAUUUGUUAAAAUAAUGAUUCAUUAUCUUGUUGAGUCAACUAAUCCCCUGUAAUAAUAUUAACAUCUUAUUCAGUAUGAGAAAAAUUUUUUUUCACCAGAUAUUUUUGAAUAAGUUUUAGUGAAUUGACAGUUCGAUUUCUCAGUUUGAUUAGUGGAGUAAAGUGACAGCGAUAACAUCGACAUCCACUGCUAGAUCCGAGCGAGACGACCGCACCUAUCAUUGUGCUUCGAUUUUGUGUAUAAUCGUUAUGAUAAACAUUUCAUAGAUAUUUUGAUACAUUUAGUAACAUAUAAACAUGAAAUAUAGUCUAGAUUGCUUUCUCAUAUUGACAUUGUACAUUAGUUGGACAAUAGCUAGGGAAGUACCAUCACCUCCAUAUAUUGUGAAGCAACCACCUACUGAUGAAGUAUUAUUUCAAGUUGAAACUAAUGGUGAAAAUGAUAAGCCAUUCUACAUUGAAUGUGAAGCUAUAGGGGAACCUGCUCCAAAAUACCACUGGAUUAAAAAUGGUAAACCAUUUCAAUGGCAAUCUUACGAUGAUAGAAUAUCACAACAAACAGGACGAGGCACAUUAUCCAUUACCAAGCCAUCUGAUGUAGAUCUAGGUCAGUAUCAGUGCUUUGCAGAAAACCAGUAUGGUAUUGCUACUUCCAAUUCAGUAUACAUGCGCAAAGCAGAGCUCAACUCAUUCAAAGCCACUCAACCACUGACUGUAACUGGUAACGAAGGUGAACCAUUUAACCUUACUUGCCAACCACCAGAUGGUUGGCCAAAACCGAUAGUUCACUGGAUUUUUUUAUACACUAACGGCGGUUUCAAAACUAUUAAUAGCUCUCGUAUGACACUAGAUCCAGAGGGAAACUUGUGGUUUUCUAAUUUAACAAAGGCUGAUGUUACUGAUACUUUUAUGUAUGCUUGUGCUGCAACUUCACCCACAAAGUAUGAAUAUAAAUAUGGCAACAGAGUAUUGCUUAAUGUAGUCUCUUCUGGAGUCUCAGCCUCACAAAAUAAACAUGAACCUGUUAAGCAAUAUGUUACUAGAAAAAAUGAAGUUGCUUACAGAGGAAAACGUGCUGAGCUAUUCUGUAUAUUUGGGGGAACACCACUACCACAAACGGUUUGGAAAAAAGGUGGAAGAUUGGUACAGAGUUCAGAUCGAAUAACACAAGGAAAUUAUGGAAAAUCUUUAAUCAUAAAAGUUGUGGAUUUUGAUGAUGAAGGAACAUACACUUGUGAAGUCAGUAAUGGCGUUGGUGAUGCAAAAUCUUAUUCUAUUAAUUUAAAAGUAUUAGCUGUUCCAUAUUUCAAAAUAGAACCAGAGAAGGUUAAUGCUGCUGAAGAUGAAACUGUUGAGUUCAACUGUGUUGCUGGUGGAGUACCAGAGCCUCGGAUCAAGUGGAUCCAUAAUGGAAAACCUAUUGAAGAAUCCGUUGCUAAUCCUAGACGGAAAGUAUUCGCCAAUAAAAUUAUAAUUGAAAGACUGCAAAAAAAUGAUACAGGAAAUUAUGGUUGUAACGCUACCAACAGUUUAGGUUAUGUUUAUAAAGAUGUCUAUGUCAAUGUUUUGGCUUUAUCUCCAGAAAUCAUAGAAGCUCCUAGAGAUACUCAAGCAGUAGAUAAUCAGAAUGUUACUUUAACUUGUAAAGUUCUGGGAGCACCCAAGCCCAAUGUAAAAUGGAUUCAGAAUGGACGAGAACUCACAGGGGGUAAAUUUGCUGUUCAACCAAAUGGGGACUUGGUUAUUGAUGAUGUUCAGUUUGAUGAUAGAGGUAACUACACAUGUUAUGCUGAGAACAAGCUUGGGAAUACCACCGCUAGUGCCAGACUAGAUAUAAGAUCUCAUACAUAUAUAACGGAUGGUCCUGAGGAUUAUGAAGUAGAAGCAAGAACUCCAGCCACAUUUAGAUGUAAUGCUGUAGCUGAUGAGUCUCUUAACUUAGAUAUAAUUUGGUUGAAAAAUGACCAACCCAUCGAUUUUGAAGGCGAACCGAGAUUUGUAAAAUCAUCCGAUUAUUCUUUAACAAUAACGAAAACGCACGAAUUAGAUUCUGGUACAUACACAUGUUUAGCAAGAACUGAGCUAGAUGAAGCAUCAGCAAAGGCUCAACUAACUGUUCAGGAUGUUCCAAACACACCACAAAUGCUAGGUGUUGAAUGUCAUAGCAAAGACGCCACUAUAAGCUGGAAUCCUAUGGGUGACAAUCGUGCUCCCAUUUCAUAUUAUAUUUUACAAUAUAAUACCAGUUUUAUUCCAGAAGAAUGGAAAUUUUUCAGCCAAGUUCCUUCUGCCGAUACAACCUAUAAUGUUCCUUUGAAACCAUGGGCCAACUACACUUUUAGAGUUAUAGCUGUCAAUAAAAUUGGUCAGUCAAAACCAUCGAUGCAUUCUGACGUUUGCACAACACCUCCCGAGGUGCCUCACAAAAAUCCGGAAAAUGUGAACGGAGAAGGAGAUAGACCUGAUAAUUUGGUAAUAAGUUGGACCCCAAUGCCCCAAAUAGAACAUGGCGCACCUGGUUUCAAAUAUCGUGUAGGUUACAAAAGAGCUAUCGACGGUGUUAAUUAUGAGUAUGUUGAAAUUAACGAUUACAAACAAAGUAAAUAUGUUGUUCCCAACCAACCUUCCUAUCAGCAAUAUAAGAUAGUAGUCCAUGCGGUAAAUGAAUUGGGAGAAGCAAAUGUCGCGCCACAAGAAGUAAUUGGUUAUUCUGGAGAAAGUGAACCCGAAAAAGCUCCCACUAAUUUUACAUUAUUGGCUGUUCAAGGUCCAACAACGGCAUUAUUAAGCUGGGAUCCUGUACCUCUUGAAUCUGUGAAGGGUAACUUUCAAGGUUACAAAAUAAAAACUUGGAGUGAUACAUCAAGUAUAACCAAAGAAAUUCAGGUGCAAGGAGGAAGUUCUAAAGCUUUGGUUUCCAAUUUUGAUCCGUAUACCAAAAAUUAUGCUGUAGUAUAUGUAUAUAAUAAAAAAUAUAAUGGACCUCCCAGUGAAACAUUGUCAUUUGAUACCCCAGAAGGAGAGCCAGGUGAAAUGCAAGAUUUAGAGGCAUAUCCUCUAGGAUCAACAGGAUUCAUGCUGAAAUGGGAGAAGCCUGAUAAACCUAAUGGAAUAUUAACUGGUUAUAAUAUUUAUUGGUCUAAAGUUGAUCCUUUCAUGAAAGUUGAUGAACCAAAUCCCAGAAAACCGCAGAUAACUGAUCCGAACAUUAAGCGAGCCAAAUUGGGGAAUCUUUUACCUGAGACGAAAUAUCGGUUGUACAUAGCAGCAACCACAAGAGCUGGAGAAUCAAAGAGAUAUUUUAUUGAAAGGACAACAAAACCUGCUGGUGCAAUAAAACCGUCCAAACCAGACUUUGAUUGGGAAAUCAUUAAGCCUGGUCCACCUGCCACUGUAAGAAUUCACUGGCUCCCUGCUGAAGAUGGAAAAGGCGGUACAAGUUUCUUUGUAAAAUAUCGAAAAUCAGGGGAAGCCAGUUGGGAACAAUCACGUUUAGAAGAAAAUGAAAAUUGGAUAGAUAUUGCUGGUCUAGACGACUCUACUGUUUACGAGUUUGUAGUUACAGCUUUUGACGGCCAAUCUUCAGCACAAAUGACUGACAGUGAUGUUAAAGAAAUUAGCACAAAUGAUGUCGACGGUCCAAUAAUUAGAGCUAAAGAAAAUGUUGCUACAGCUGGUUGGUUCAUAGGAAUGAUGCUGGCCAUUGCUUUCUUACUAUUAGUACUUAUUAUUGUUUGUAUAAUAAAAAGAAACCGUGGAGGCAAGUAUGCAGUUCAUGAAAGAGAACAAGCUAAUGGAAGACAUGAUUAUCCAGAUGAAGGAGGAUUCCAUGAGUAUUCACAACCAUUAGACAACAAAUCUCAUGGCCGCGCUUCAAUGAGUAGUGAUCCUAAAGUAGGUCCAGAAAGUGAUACAGAUUCUAUGGCUGAGUAUGGAGAUGGUGACACGGAGGGUAUGAAUGAAGAUGGGUCAUUUAUUGGACAAUAUGGCCGAAAGAAGGGUCAAGGAGAAACAACGUCACAAGGAUUCGCAACACUAGUUUAAUGUGUCGCUUCACAGAGGACGGGUCCUUCAUCGGGCAAUAUGUGCCUAGUAACAUGAAGCAGUUAGGUCUUUCUGCGGCUAUGCAGGGAACAAAUAAUAAUGCAAUGGGCACUUAUGUUUAGAUAAUAUCGUGAUUGUGGAAUAGCUUUAUGUGUCGUAUCUCAACUGAAAUUUUCUUGAUUAUCCAAUGAAUGCCAAUAGAAUGUGUUCUUUUCGCAAAGACCGUGAUUGUUUUACAUUCAUUUCGUCCAUAUCAAUAAUUUCUAGUUAUCAUAAUCAAAAUAACUAAAUAAUAAUGUAGUAGUGUAAGAGAAUUUUUGUUAAAUAAUUAAUGAAUCGAAGACACUUUUGUAGUGUUGCGUAGAAACUGAUUUAUUUUUAAAUUUUGUAUUUUUGCUCAGCUCUCUGUAGCAACAUUAAGUACUCAAUCGAAUCUCAUUAUAUUGGUGCAAAUUCUUCUCUAUAUUACUUAAAAAUGCGUCUAUAUUUAAAAAUUUUUCCAUUGAAAUUUUCUCUUGGUACAAUCUGAUCAAUAUGUAAUUGAAGAUAAUCAUAUUAUAAUCAAUAAUAAUCCAUAACAUCAUAUUUUAAUGCCUAUUCGGAUUUUAUCGAGCCAAGUUUGAUAAUUAUCUCCUUUUUUGAAGUUAUUACCAUUUAAAGUGUUGAUAAGAAGAAGAAGAAAUUCUUUUUUUAAUCAUUUACUGACACUGCCUUAUUUAUCAAAUUUAUUUAGAGGUUAACUGUUUUCGAAGUUUUAUUAACUGACUAGAUUUUUUAUUUAAAGUGAGAACAAUUGAGUUCUAGAGCAAUUCACUCCGUGAACUUAUACAAGAGAACAGAGUUCUUUUAAAUAUUUAGUACUCUUAUAAAACAGAUAAAUAGUUGAUGGUUUAUAAUAUAAGCUAGAAUGAAUUGCUCAAAGACAUAUUGUUGAAAAGUUGCCAUUUAUUGGACGUGAUUUAUCUCACUUUUUUCAGUUAAUCUUGACACUUCAUCAGGGUAUUUUUAAAUAAAAUGUUUCUGAAGAAACAGUAUAACACACCAUAGCCCAUCUUGUUUUUGUUUUCAAAUUCUAAUUAUUCAAGACAGUUUAGAAGUGAAGUAAAGCUGAUUAAGAAAUAUUUAAUGCGAUUCUGAUACUGGAAACAAAGUACACUAAAUACUCACAUUUUUCAAAUUUCAAACAAAAAUAUUAUAUUCUCUUGGUUUCCUUUCAAAAACGAUUUUAUUAAUCAAAUUUGAGAAAGAAGUAUGAAUUUGAUUGUUCCUAUCUUUACUUUAUGGAAUGUACCCCCUCACUCCGGCUUUGUUGUAAACUGGUUUUUAUAGAAUAAAUAUUCGUUAUAAUUACUAGUUCAAUAAAGAAAUCGGUUUCGUUAUAUCUAAAUAAACUUCUUGUUGACUUGCUCUAGUUAAUUUGGCUGUACUUGUACUUCUUAACUGUUAUUUAAUUAUAACUAACUUUAAGUAUUGUUUUUUAAUAUUUAAUAAUUUUAGUACAGGAUAAUAUUUCACAAAAUAAAAUAUAUUCUUCCAAACUUUCUAUUUGGAAUAAGCUUGAUGCUUCCUGCUCUUCUAACCUACACUUUUUUGCUAUUUUCUGAUAUAUUAUCUGAACUGUACGCUGGUACAUUUCUCAACAGGGUUUUUGAUUAUUGUUAGGCUGAUCUGACAUUUGUUAAGACGAGCAAUUUAUUCGUACGGUGUGUGUUUUAACUGGUGAAUUCGUGCUUAGUGAUAUGACUAAAUAAUUACAGUGGCGAUAUUAAAUAUGUAUUUUACAUUAUAAUCGAAUAAAUAUCUAUAUAUAUAUGCAUCUAAAUGUUCUUGAUUUUAGGUCUCUUCUGUUUUAAAAUUAGUUUUUUUAAUAAUUUUUGGAAGAUAAAAUUUGACGUUUCAACAUAUCUUUGUCUUUAUCAUAUUGGCACUGACAAUUUGCGUAUUUAUAUUAAUCAAUUGUCAGUGUCAAUAUCAUAUUUUGAUAAAGACUUAAGGAAAUGUCGAAACGUCAAAUUUUAUUAUAUAUAGUCAAGAAUAUUUAGAAACAUAAAUGUAUAUAUAUUUAUAUGAAUUGUUAAGAAGUCUUUGCCAGCUAUAUUAUGAGCGGUUUUUAUUGGGAACGUGGCAAGAAAACACCAAAGUGGACUAACUUCAAUAUAUUUUCCGAACUUAAAUGUUUGGUAUUUUAUUGUCAUAACCUGACAACAAUCACAUUUAUCACCAAGUUGGCAACGACUCUUCUCAAAACAUUCAGUUUAAAGUUGAAAGAUAUGAUAACUGCUGUUGUAAUUAGUUGAGUUGUAGAACUAGAUUCUCCAGUAGUUUGUGUAUAUUUCUUGAAAUAUUUAGCAAAAGUCUGAUUAGUCCUUAUUGAAGAUCCUGUACAUAUAUAAAUAUAUAUCAUAAUAUGUAAGUAUGUAUGUGAGAAUGGGGAAGUUGACUAAAGAUUUAUUAAUCUUGACUAUUUUGCCAAUGCCUUGUGGCAGUCUCUGCUAUCAAUUUUAACUAUUCUAGCUUUACAUUUCAUAAUAAAAUAGAUUCUAGAAAUAAAAGUAUAAUCUAAGGAACUCCUGGUUUGUGAACUAAAUGUCUCUCAGAUCAACUUGAAGAAUAAUUUAUGGUAUGCAGUGGCAGCUGUAUCUCUGCUAUAAUGGCAGCCUAAUUUCCAAUACUGGCCAGUAUUAUUGAGCUUUCGUAUUAACUUUUAUAUAAUAUUGUCUUAGAGCACAUGAGUGAAAAUUUUUAUAGCAAUAAGUAACUAGUAUGCAGCUAAACUCAUUACUAAUUAUUAUACCAAAGUGUUCCUUUCGAAUUAACUUAUUUUGAUUCAAAUAAGUUUUCAGUUCAUUGCUAUUUUUUUACUUAAAAUAUAAUUUUUGAGACUGAAUUUUAUAAAGUAAUGAUUUGUGGAGCUAGAAUUGGCAAUAAUAGAUCUAUAAGGAGUAUAGUAAAAUAAUUUGUCUUUAUUUCAGAUAAUUCAACUGUUUUAUUCUUUUGUUAUUGAUAAAAUGUCAAUUACAAACAAAAUUCGUAAGGUGUGGUUGUGAAUAUGAACUUUUAGAACUCGAUUUUGAAUAUUUUGAAAUGAGACAAAUUGUACCAGUUGUGUCACUGUGCACUGAAAAUUACAAAAAAAAAUUUCACACUUCUAUUAAUAGAUGGCUAAAUUACUAUUUGAAACAAGUAAAAAUACAAAAAUGUCAAAAGAAAUAUGAAUAAUUUUAUUUGGAUGUGUGACAGAUUUAAUAAUUAUGCGAGUCAAAGCUAUAAAGUUUUUGAACAAUUGACACAUCGUAAAUUAGUAUCGUCUAUAAAACAUUUAUACCGAAAACCUUACUAUUUUAAAAACUGUGUGGACAAUGCUUACACUUAAUUCACAUUGAAUCAAAGUUACCUCCUGUGUCUUGUCCUGUUUUUAUAGACAAUUUUUACAGACCGUUACUUUUUAUUUGCAGAAAUUGUUAGUUAUUUUCAUUCAGAUUUCUUAAAAAAAUAUUGUUUGUCUUAUUUAUCAUUUACCAGUUUCCCUUUCUUAAAGUGGUAAAUUUUAUUCUCGAAAUCAAUCUUUGCAACUCGAAUUCAACUCUCCACCAAAGAUUACUGCAAUAUCUCUACUGUCAUUUUAUCUUAAUACUAUAGUGUACUAGUGAUGCAAUUGGUCGUUUGAAUGUGCAGACUAACAGAAAGGCGGUGCUAAAAAUGUUGUUAUUAUUUCGGUAGCAUAUUUAUUGCUGUUAUGUUUAACAUCCUAUGUCACAAACGUAACUUGGUGCACAAAGCAAAUGCAAAGUCAUAUAUAUUUCACUAUAACAUAUUUAGAUUUUCUAUACUCUUUACAUGUUUGGUAAUGGAAAUUUUAUUCUAAGGCAUUCCCACAGUGAAGUGCUUUUCAUGAGAAUUAUAAUGUCUCUUAUUGAUGCUUGAUACAUUCCAUUUAGGUACUUUCUUCUCGUUGUUUUCUAUAAUCUAGCCAUCCAAAUUGAUUAUGCUUCUUGAUUUUUUGGUGUACAGAAUAUUUCCUGAGGAUUUAGUUUAUAGAAUUCAGUUUACUUUUACUCUAGGUAUUGGGUACUAUUACCAAAACAAAUAUUUAGCCAAAGUGCUCAUAUUCCAGUGAUUGUCUAAUGCGUUUCCAACUUGAUGCACAUAAGAUUACGUUUGCUAUAUGCCGGAUGAUAAAAGCUUUCGUAAGAAUGAUUUAACUUGGGCCAACUUUACUGGUUAAUUUUUAUUUUAAAUUCUUAUAUUCUUAGAACUGCUUUCCGUAUGUGUGAGGUAUAAGGAAAUAUUUUCUAAGCACUAUAUACGAUUUUUUAUAUGUAUGUAUUUGCAAAAUUGCAGAACUAUUGCUUUGCACUAUUGUUGGUUAGGUAAUAUAUUUUAAUAUAUUUGUAAUUAUUACUAUAUAUUAUUAUAACUGCGUUACUAGUUAUUUGCGAAAAUUAAUUAUAUUUUUUGUACAAAUAAAGUUACUAGAACUGUAUCAAACACAGCUGAAAGUUGUAUGUAUGUAUAUAUAUAUAGCGUGUUUCUAAAGGUCUCUAAAAAUUAUCCUGGAUUUUGAUAUAAAAUAUAGUAUCAAUUGGUUUUUAUUAAAUAAAAUACUCAGAGUGGAAUAUUGGUGCGUAGAGAAUGACCUAAAUAAUUGAAUCAAUACUCGGUUGGUACUUUUAGUCAUUUUGUAAAUUGUAAUUUGGAAGCUAAAUGAAGAAAGUUGAAUAUCCGUGAAAGUUAAUUAAAAAUGUUGUAAAAUUGAUUAUCUCUUUAUAACAAAAAAUUAUACUAUGAUAUCUAUGUCCCCAUCUCUUUCUUUCUCUAAAUACUUUUUCACUACUUGUUUUUCUAGUCAAAAGACCCAUUUAUAUGAAAAAAUCCACCCUCAUUAGAAAAUACGAAGUUGUAAUCUGGCCUUAAUGUGUGGGUAAGGGAAAAUAUAUUUUUAUAGAUUAAAUAAAGACUUUUGGAAACACAUCUGUAUAUUGUAAUUAUAUUUUUUUAUUUUUUUUUUGCUUUAUAGUAUAACAUUUAGGAUUUUUGUUUACCAAGGUAUAAAGUAUAGUGAUUUAGGAAACUUUUUUUCUCACCAUAUUAAUGUAUAUGGUUAAUGUUUAGUUGUAGAUUUUUUAUACAAAAACUUAUUUAAAAAGUAAUGAAAUUGUCAUAUUUUUUGCACAAUAAAAUAUUAUUAUUAAA